AGAUCCCAAUACACAACUUCCCAUUGCGAUGAUAAUCGUCGAAAGUUGAGAGUGUGGAAGAGCCGGUUGGACGACGACGCGCUUGUACCGUAUCACUUUCGCCGCCGCGUCGCUGCCGCGCCUCUCCAUUCCGCGCACACUGUCUGCAUAGGGUCAGACCACGCCUUUGGAUCUCGAGUAUAAAGCGCGCUAGGCGAUUCUGCUGGAGCAGAGCCUCCCGAAUGGAUCUCAAGGAGACGGAGGAGCAGCGUCAGAUGCGACGCAUCGCUUUCGUAGCCGUCGUCGUUUCGACGGCGGCCGUAAUCGCUAGCGUCGUUACGCUGCCGAUGCUCUACAAUUAUGUCCAAUCAUUCCAAAGUCAUCUCAUGGUUGAGACGGAUUAUUGUAAGGCUCGCUCUCGAGAUAUGUGGCUAGAAAUGACAGCUCUCCAAGCCGGCAAAGGACUCAUACAUCGCCAGAAGAGAGCUUGGCUAUUUGGACAAUGGAUUCCUGAGGGUGGUUCCGGUGGAGGUGCACCUGUAGGCGGUGGUGGAGGUGGUGGUAACAGUGGAUAUGGUGGCUAUGGAGCAGUGAUCAACACCGAACCAGCUCAGCCAACUUGCUGUACUUGUAACCAAGGCGCUGCGGGACCACCAGGACCCGAAGGACCCCCUGGUAAUAAUGGAAAGGAUGGUCGCAAUGGCAAGGAUGGAAAGAAUGGAAGAGAUGCUGAGCUGAUGCCAGCACCACCAUCGGAACCUUGUGUGAUCUGUCCACCUGGACCACCAGGACCCAUGGGAUCAAUGGGUGCAAAGGGUCCUCCCGGACCAAAGGGUGCCCCUGGCGAACCGCCAAAGGAUGGAAUCGCUGGAGAAGACGGUAUGGCCGGACAACCUGGACCAAUUGGACGACCUGGCAGAGAUGGAAUGAAGGGUGCUCCUGGAGCGAAUGGUAGACUUAUUCCUGUGCCUGGUCCUCAGGGUCCACCUGGAAAGCAAGGACCACCCGGACCUCCUGGACCAAAAGGAAAUCCUGGACCCGACGGACAGUCAUACCAGGGACCACCUGGUCCACCUGGAGAGCCAGGAAACUCUGGACCUGAAGGACGACCCGGACCAAAUGGACCUCCAGGACCUCCCGGAGAGGACGGAGACAAGGGCGAUUGUGGACACUGCCCUCCACCUCGUACACCUCCCGGCUAUUAGAAGUCUUCUGUGCAAGUCCUUUAGGACACGCCCCCAGCGGGUGCAAGCGUUCUUUCGUCUAUGUAUGUACAAUAAUAAAUAUUUGCU